AUGGAAAAAUGGUGGUUCAAUUCGAUGUUGUCUAAGGGGAAAUUAGAAUACAGGCGUGGCCUAAGUAAAUCAAGCGAUAGGCUUGGUCCUAUUGAAAAUACCAGUCUAAGUGAAGAUGCGGUUAUAAAUGAUACGAUUCAUAGUUGGAGUGCUAGUUCUAAUUACAGUAAUGGUGAUCCUUUAGUAGGUGUCAGGGACAUUCGGAAUUUUAUCUCUGAUGACACCUUUUUAGUUAGAGAUAGUAAUAGGGAUAUUUAUUCCAUAUAUUUUGAUAUUCAAAAUCAAAUUUUUGAGAUUGACAAUGAUCCUUCUUUACUGAGUGAACUAGAAAGUUCUUUUUUUAGUUUUCGUAAUUAUAGUUAUCUGAAGAAUGCAUCUAAGAAUAAUGAUUCCCACUAUGAUCGUUACAUGUAUGAUACUAAAUAUAGUUGGAAUAAUCACAUUAAUAGUUGCAUUGACUCUUAUCUUCGUUCUCAAAUCUGUAUUGAGAGUUCCAUUUUAAGUGGUAGUCACAAUUACAGUGACAGUUACAUUUAUAAUUACAUUUGUGGUGAAAGUGGAAAUAGUAAUGAAAAGAGGAGCUCCAAUAUAAGAACUGUCAGGAAUACUAUUGAUUUCAAUAUAAGAGAAAAUUCGACUAAUUUCGAUUUGAUUCAAAAAUAUAGGCAUUUGUGGGUUCAAUGCGAAAAUUGUUAUGGAUUAAAUUAUAAGAAAUUUUUUAAGUCAAAAAUGAAUAUUUGUGAACAAUGUGGAUAUCAUUUGAAAAUGAGUAGUUCAGAUCGAAUCGAACUUUCGAUUGAUCCAGGUACUUGGGAUCCUAUGGAUGAAGACAUGGUUUCUCUGGAUCCUAUUGAAUUUCAUUCGGAAGAAGAACCUUAUAAAGAUCGUAUUGAUUCUUAUCAAAGAAACACGGGAUUAACCGAAGCUGUUCAAACAGGUACAGGUCGACUAAAUGGUAUUCCCAUAGCAAUUGGAGUUAUGGAUUUUCAGUUUAUGGGGGGUAGUAUGGGAUCCGUAGUAGGCGAGAAAAUCACCCGCUUGAUCGAGUAUGCUACCAAUCAAUUUUUACCUCUUAUUCUAGUGUGUGCUUCCGGAGGAGCACGUAUGCAAGAAGGAAGUUUGAGCUUGAUGCAAAUGGCUAAAAUAUCUGCUGCUUUAUAUGAUUAUCAAUCAAAUAAAAAGUUAUUCUAUGUAUCUAUCCUUACAUCUCCUACUACUGGUGGGGUGACGGCUAGUUUUGGGAUGUUGGGGGAUAUCAUUAUUGCCGAACCUAAUGCCUACAUUGCAUUCGCUGGUAAAAGAGUAAUUGAACAAACAUUGAAUAAGACAGUACCUGAAGGUUCACAAGCGGCUGAAUAUUUAUUCCAUAAGGGCUUAUUCGAUCCAAUCGUACCACGUAAUCCUUUAAAGGGUGUUUUGAGUGAGUUAUUGAAGCUUCACGCUUUUUUUCCUUUGAAUUCAAAUUCCAUUAAGUAG